AUGCGGCUCGCCGUGUAUGGAGCUACCAGCGUCAUUUUGGGCGCCGGCGUCAUCAUCUCAGCUUUCAACCAACGCGCAAACUUCUAUUCGGCCUGUGUUCACCUUGCUCAGUCCAAUGCUUGUCUUAUGGUCCUUACGAAUUUGUUACUUCUUCUCUCAAUACUAUUCGGCCAUGCUCUGCAGCUUAUAUUCUAUGGACCUCUACGGACCCCCGAGAUUGAAAAUCUAUACGAAAAGGCUUGGUAUGCUGUGACGGAGACAUGUUUGGCCAUGACUAUAUUUCGCGACGAGUUUGAUGUUCGGUUCAUCGUCAUGUUUGGUGUAUUAUUAUUUAUCAAGUGCUUCUGCUGGAUCGGAGGAAGUAGAGUGGAAUUUAUGGAAACCUCACCUCCAGACAAUCCGACACUCUUCCAUAUUCGGCUGGCCUCUUCCUUGAUUCUGCUUCUUUCAGCCUGUUCAGCAAUGCUUUGGCACUCUGUUUCCUCAGUUCUUGAGCGUGGGAGACCAAAUAUGAUGGUCAUGUUCGCUUUCGAAUUCGCAAUUCUCCUAAUAACAUCACUCGGAAUUACUGGUAGAUACGUUCUAAGUUUGGUCGAAAAAUAUAUCUUAAAACGGGAGGCGAUGCGAAGACGUGCGGCAAGAAUUCUGGAGAGGGAGGGCGCUCGCCAGAGACAUGCAGCCCGGGUCGCGGAGGUAACAAGAAGACGUAGGGAUGGCGAUCUUGUGGAAGAUGUUCCUGAGCUGGAAGAAGAAGACGAAGAUGAGGAGGAAUUAGAUGUCGGAGGCUGGGAGGAGAAAGGAACAUGGGUUUUUUACUUGGAGUUGGUUACAGACCUUCUUAAGCUCCUUACUUAUCUCUCAUUCUUCUCGAUUGUUCUAAGAUAUUAUGGACUUCCACUUCAUAUCAUCCGUGAUGUCUACCUCACCCUCCGUUCAUUUAUCACCCGGAUUCGAGACUUCAUCCGCUAUCGUCGGGCAACCGCUCACAUGAACUCCCGGUACCCAGAUGCAACCCCCGAAGAGGUUGAGCGCGAAGGGGCGGUAGAGCAGCCGGCACUCAAGACCAGAGAUCAAGACCAAAAAAGCUUCCAUGUGGGCAUGCCUGUACUUGACGAACCUCUCAAUGGUCCAGGCGUGCAAAACGCUGCUGCACGAGCACAAGCAAAUGCCGCUGGUGGAGCAGGCCUGGCGUUUGGUGCGCAACUUGGUCCUCUAGGAUUUGACAUUGGCGUUGGAGGACCUGGUUUUGUCCAAAAUUUAAUGGAUAGAAUGAACCAACAACAACGACCUCAACCGCAGCAAAACCAACAAAACCAGCAGAACCAACAACAGCAAAACCAGCAACACAAUCAACAGGCACAGUUGCAAGCACAGUUGCAGGCACAGAUUCAGGCACAGAUUCAGGCACAUGCGCAGAAUCAAGGUUUAGCAGACGUUGGUGCCGGUGGUGCUGGGUAUACAGAUCUUGAUCAGCAGAUGCUUAGGAUUAGGCUUCUUGAGCGCGAAGUAGCCGUGUUGGAGAUGAGGCAACAAUUACAGGCGCAAGCUGCAGGUAUUCCGGGGGUUGGUACUCUACAAGGCCAACAAGUCCCAGCUACCCCACUUGCUCCUGGGGCCACCCCCGCAGCUGCUGCCAACCCAUACCUAAACACCGGGAAUAAUCUUGAAACCAAUCUACCGCCAAGAAUUAGAACACCGGGCAUGUCGGUUUACCAUGGGGGGCCAGUAUUGAACGGAUCCAGUGCUACGGCAGUACUGCCUCAAGGAAUGGUGCUGCCGCCGGGAUGGAACGUGGUUCCCCUAACUGCUCCUGGAUCUACUCCCACUGCUUUACCGAUUACAACUCCAGGUGGAACAAUGUCGUUAAGAGGAGCGGAAUCCUUAAGAAGUCGAAGGGGGCAACAAAUGUACCGGGAGCGCAUGAUGGAUCACCACGCUAGAUUGACCCCAGGAGAAGAACAAACAUCCCGUUCUUCUAGACCAGCCUUUACCAGAUCAACGACCGCCCCAAGUGGACUCAGUCUCCCGCAACAGAACUGGGCAGCUCAAAGAACUAGCGGACCAGUCACGGGUGGAAAUCUGAGUGAACGGUUGUCUCAGGAACAGAUGGAAAGGUUAAGUCCAACAGUUCAAAGAAGUGUUGCGACUAUCAGCAGACUUUUACAAUGGCAAUUAGAAUCAGGAAAUGGCAUAACAGUGCACGAAACUCUUGCUGGUCUCCCAGAUGAAACCCGGGAAGAAAUUCUACAGGGUUGGCCUAAUAGAGAUAUGGCCCAGGAGCUCGCAGAGGGUGCUAGAAAUGCCACUCAUUCCGAACCUGGUGCAGAUAUGGUGCGUUCUGUGGCGAACAUUGCUAGAUGGCUUGAGAUAUUGCCUAGAGAGGAAAGGAUUCAGGUUGUGCUGGGAUUUCCCGAAGGCGACUUUAGGGGAUUUAUAAUGAUGCACCAUCCAGGACUCAGGGUAGAAGUAACAAGGCUGUCUGCACUGCUGAGAGAUCUCAACGAAGAAAUCACUGAGACUCCCGCUACAAUCUCGCCAUCCGGCGUUUCAGGCAUGAUUGAGAGCAUCUCCGACUGGACUCAGAUAUCACCUUUGGACGAAACAAGUUCUCGGGCAGACAUUGAGAGGAUAGAACGGGAGACUCGCGAGACUGUCAAUAGACGUAUACAGGUCCUCAAUGAUAUAGCCAGAAUUAUGAGAAAUGCAGCGGGGCAACUCGAACAAGUUAGUGGGAGACGACUUCCAUCUGCGUCUUCAGCUCCUGUCAGUUCAGUCGACUUAUCAAGACUUCCUACUCAGUUCAAUACGGAGAACCAACUUUCACUAUUUGGGGAAAGAAGCAUCUUCAAUCCCAGAGCGCAAGAGCAGGCGUUGAAUGCACUGGAGCAGGAGGUUAUACAGCAGGAGAGGGAGUGGAGGUCAAAACAAGGAGUUGCAGCUGUAGAGAGUCUUUUAGGGGUUACCGAAGGACCUACUGAUGAAAAGGGUAAAGGCAAAGCAAAGCAAGAAGUGGAACCAAACGACGCCCAGGAGGGCGAAGCCUCAGUAACUCCGGAAGCACAAGGAAAGGCGCCGGUUAAGGUCACGGUAGAGGAUGUUGAUGAUGAGUGA